AGGUAAAUGGCACAAUUUCUUUCUGACGCGAGCUUAAAAAUCAAGCCUACUUUUAUCAGACAUCACUGUUCUGUACUUCCACUUAGGUUUUCUUUUACCACAAACCCAUAAAAUCAACGGUAAGCCAUGGAGGGUUCUACGAAAUAAUUUCGUUAUUGAUGGUCCUCCCCUGCUUUCUUGCUUUUGCUGUCAAACGAACUGCUGCAAAAUCCUGCAGGCUGCAUAGAAAGAAGAUGCUGCUUUGGUUUUUCCAGUAACUUGCUCAAAACCAUACGCUGAAGGAGGGAAAAAUAAUAAUAAUACAGGCUGAAACAGAAUGUUGAAUGUGGGUUUUUAUUGAUUAUUUUCAGUUGAUUACAGUGGGCAAAGAUGAAGGAUUUGAUAUCUUUCAUGGGAACAAGAGAAAAUAUUAAGUGAACUACUGGCUACUGCCAUACUAUAGUUGGUAGCUUGGCUUGGAACAAGAAAGAAGAGAUUUUUCUUUGCUUCUUUCUUUCUUUACUCAAAGAAAGAAUAGCUGGUGAUUGAAAGAAAAAAGGUAGGUUUGGAGGGUUGGAGUGGAAUCUACUACCACCCAGAUAUAGAAGAACAUGGAUGCAUAUGAAGCAACAAAGACUGUUUUUCAAAGGAUCCAAAGUUUGUACCCUGAAAAUGCCUCUAAAAUCAUGGGAAUUCUCCUGUUACAAGACCAUGGUGAGAAAGAAAUGAUCCGUUUGGCUUUUGGCCCUGAAUCUUUGGUUCACUCUGUGAUUCUUAAAGCUACAAAAGAUUUUGGUUUAGCUUCAUCAAAUACUUCUUCAACCCCUUCAAGUCCUUCUCCUUCACCAUUCAGCAACUCUUUAUCUCUCUCAAGUACCAAUUCUUCUUCUAGGCUACUUGGUGGUGUGAAUUUUCCUUCUCCUCUCAGUAUUCCUAUCCAGUCUUCAACUGCAGUUUCUUCUUGGGCUAAUUCAAGCUUCUCUGAUUUUCAAACCCAAGAUGAUUUAAUUAGUCCUGGUUCUGCGCCAGUUGCAUAUAAUGCAACCACAUCAUCUGCUAUGAAUUCUGCUGCGCUUCCUUUCUAUGCAACUGGAGAGGUUGAUCUGAUUGAUGAGCUUCAUUUACAAGAUCAGCUCUCUUUCCUCAACGAUGGCUCUCCAUUACUGAUGCCUAAAAGCCCCGAUAUGUUCUACCCACAGCAAGAUUUGGCUUCUAGCCCAAGUGGAAAUGGAGGUGGUGAAGGGAUGCUCUUCACUUCUUACGGUGGUGCCGCCGAUAACUGGGGUGGUGACUCAUUCGACGGCUUGCCUCACCGCCGUAGCUGCUCAGCGAGUGAUGUCUGUUUGGGCCCUGAUGAUCUUGGUGGAGGGUUCGGAUGGAAACCUUGCCUUUACUUUGCUAGAGGGUACUGCAAGAAUGGCACCAGUUGCAGGUUUGUCCAUGGCGAGAAUGGGGCGGAUGAUGCCUCCAUGGUUGGCUCACCGAGCAAAUUUGAGAUGAUGGAGCAGUGUCAACGGCUGCUUAGAUCCAAGUCUGUGCAACAACAAAGGCUGGCCGCAGCUUCUCAACUCAUGGCUUCUACUAAUUUCCCUUACUCCCCGGGGGCCACAAAUAGAUGCAUGAAUUUGCUUCUCCAGCAGCAACUGCAAGCUGAGAGUCCAAGAGCCUUUUUGGGUGAUGAUAUGCACAAAUUUAGUCGGUCUCGGCUCGAAAGAGGUGAUUUUGGUAUGAUGAAUCCUGGUUCGAGGCAAAUUUACUUGACAUUUCCAGCUGAUAGUACUUUCAAGGAGGAAGAUGUGUCCAAUUAUUUCAGUAUUUACGGGCCAGUUCAAGAUGUGAGGAUUCCGUAUCAACAGAAACGGAUGUUUGGUUUUGUCACAUUUGUUUAUCCGGAGACUGUAAAGCUCAUUCUUGCAAAGGGCAAUCCCCACUAUGUAUGUGAUGCUCGUGUACUCGUCAAACCAUACAAGGAGAAAGGCAAAAUCCCCGACAAACACAGGAAACAGCCUCAGAUGGAGAGGGGAGAGUACACGGGAUAUAGUAGCCCUACCGGGCUGGAGUCGAAAGAUUCUUAUGAUCUUCAGCUCGGCGCAGGGAUGUUCUACAACAAUCCCGACAUGUUAUGGAGAAGAAAACUAGAGGAGCAAGCAGAUUUGCAGCAAGCAAUUGAGCUCCAAAAUAGGAGACUUAUGGGUCUACAACUUGACAUCAAGAGGAAUAGCCACCACCGAACGCUCUCUACCGGUGGCAUUCUUUCAUCCCCAACACAGUCUCCGAGUUUUUUCAAUCAAAAUGUCGUCCUAUCGGGUGAUCGCGGCAGCCUGGAAUCUAAAGAAGAAAAUAGUUCAAUUUCGGCUGUGAAAAAUCCAGUGAAUGUUACUGAUACAGAGAAACAAUCUUCUUCUCUCAAGGAUGAAACGACCAAAGACGCAGAAAAUCCCAACAAAGAAAGUGAUUUGAAAGGAAGUUUGGAGCACAACCUCCCCGACAGUCCCUUUGCGUCUCCAAAAGCUGCCGGCGACUCCACGACAGCUUUCUCCAGGGAGACUGGAGAGUUCGAUAAGAUUUCAGUGUCGUCUCUGGCUAACAAUAACUCGAUCAGUUCGUCUUUCUUUCCUGCUAGUUCUUCGGUAGACGUGGCUCCAUUCAAAUCGUGUUACUUUCAAGUGCCUAGGCCAUUGGAAUGUAGGCCUAGAAUCUUGUCUUGCUUUUUAGCUUCCUUAAUGGAGUUGAAGAAAGUUGCUGGACAACAGGUAGAAAAAGGAAAUAGUUUCAGUGAAAUCAAAGAAAUAUCAAUGUGUAGAAAUCCAGAUUCAAGAAAAUCCAAGAUUAUAAUAUUUGAAGAGCAACUGCAAGCUGAGAGUCCAAGAGCCUUUUUGGGUGAUGAUAUGCACAAAUUUAGUCGGUCUCGGCUCGAAAGAGGUGAUUUUGGUAUGAUGAAUCCUGGUUCGAGGCAAAUUUACUUGACAUUUCCAGCUGAUAGUACUUUCAAGGAGGAAGAUGUGUCCAAUUAUUUCAGUAUUUACGGGCCAGUUCAAGAUGUGAGGAUUCCGUAUCAACAGAAACGGAUGUUUGGUUUUGUCACAUUUGUUUAUCCGGAGACUGUAAAGCUCAUUCUUGCAAAGGGCAAUCCCCACUAUGUAUGUGAUGCUCGUGUACUCGUCAAACCAUACAAGGAGAAAGGCAAAAUCCCCGACAAACACAGGAAACAGCCUCAGAUGGAGAGGGGAGAGUACACGGGAUAUAGUAGCCCUACCGGGCUGGAGUCGAAAGAUUCUUAUGAUCUUCAGCUCGGCGCAGGGAUGUUCUACAACAAUCCCGACAUGUUAUGGAGAAGAAAACUAGAGGAGCAAGCAGAUUUGCAGCAAGCAAUUGAGCUCCAAAAUAGGAGACUUAUGGGUCUACAACUUGACAUCAAGAGGAAUAGCCACCACCGAACACUCUCUACCGGUGGCAUUCUUUCAUCCCCAACACAGUCUCCGAGUUUUUUCAAUCAAAAUGUCGUCCUAUCGGGUGAUCGCGGUAGCCUGGAAUCUAAAGAAGAAAAUAGUUCAAUUUCGGCUGUGAAAAAUCCAGUGAAUGUUACUGAUACAGAGAAACAAUCUUCUUCUCUCAAGGAUGAAACGACCAAAGACGCAGAAAAUCCCAACAAAGAAAGUGAUUUGAAAGGAAGUUUGGAGCACAACCUCCCCGACAGUCCCUUUGCGUCUCCAAAAGCUGCCGGCGACUCCACGACAGCUUUCUCCAGGGAGACUGGAGAGUUCGAUAAGAUUUCAGUGUCGUCUCUGGCUAACAAUAACUCGAUCAGUCCGUCUUUCUUUCCUGCUAGUUCUUCGGUAGACGUGGCUCCAUUCAAAUCGUGGUACUUUCAAGUGCCUAGGUUUGCUUCUGGUCACGAGGCCAUUGGAAUGUAGGCCUAGAAUCUUGUCUUGCUUUUUAGCUUCCUUAAUGGAGGAUGAAGAUUGAUUUGAUCUGCUAAAUCAAAUUCCAAGUCAGUGUGACAGGCAGCAUUAGUUAGAAAUACUAUACCUACUUACUAUCAUACAUUAAAUUAAAAGGCAUACAUUAAAAGGCAGUAAAGAAAGUGGGACAGAUUGAGAGGGCCAUCCAUUUCUCUUUUCAUUUCUGUAGUUGAAGAAAGUUGCUGGACAACAGGUAGAAAAAGGAAAUAGUUUCAGUGAAAUCAAAGAAAUAUCAAUGUGUAGAAGUAAGUAAGUAAAUUUCAGGGUCUGUAUUUUCUUCCCUCUUCUCAGUAUUGAUGGCUAUUUCCCAUUGUAUAAUCCAAAAAAGAAAAUUAUAAAUCCAAAAUCUUUCUUUAACUCGUUUA